AUGGCCAUAGUAGAAGGUGUCACUUCCGUUGAUGACACCGAUGAUACGGGAGCGCGUGGCAAGAAGCCCCGCAAGAAGAAGCUGAAAUCCAAGCGGGCGGCGACAACCUUGUCGUUGGAGGAGAUAGUGGCGAGUAUGAGCACAGAGAAGAUAUUUGAGUACCUCUGUGUUGACAUGGAAGUGGAGAGCGCCUCCUACGACCUCCGUGUUGGCGACAACGACGGAUACGCGUAUCGUGUAAAGCUGCGCCGUAUCCCGGAGAGUCACCUGCCACUUGUAAAGCCGGCUAUGCGCUCUUUGGAGGAAAAGGGAUUCAUCAACUACUUUGGGCCACAGCGUUUUGCGUCAUACACCAAGCACAACAUGCACCCCGGUCUUCAUCUCCUCAAGGGUGAGUACCGCGCGGCGGCAAGCAUCAUUGUGCAGCAGUUCGCACUGGAUGCGGAGAUCGCGGCGGAGCGUCGACGCACGGGCGCGGCCUUUGCGAAGAUGUACCACUCCAAGGCGAUGGGUUUUCAUCUCCCAGAUCGCAGUAUAUCCCACAGAAACCGGCGCUCUAUAGCGGCGCACGGCACGGCAUUACAGUCGAUCCUUGACAAUGCACUACGGGCUGCUUCGAUGUUAGGCGAGGAUGAAGAGGACGGGGUGGCAGGUGUGGCGGAGGUGGAUCCUUGUGAGGAGGCGUUCUUGCGCGUGGUUGGGCCAAAGGCGUGCUCAAUGUUGGUGCAUGAGUUCCUUGCAUUUGUGUGGAACGAUAUUGUCAACCAGAGACUGCAGCGCUACGGGACAUUUGCGAUUCUUCCAGGUGACCUUGUGCGCCAAAACCCUUUAGCGUCACCGCACUCGGCCGAGUACGGCCGUGUCAAGUAUGCGACGAAGAAGGGUAUCGAUAGGAGUGAUUACAAUUUCUGGGAUGUGGUGCUACCGCUUCCUGGAGUUGGGGUGCAACUCCCUGAAAACCACACAACCGACCUGUACAUUGUAACACUGAAGCGCAUGGGUAUUCUCUUCAACCCUGAGACAAGACAGUGGGACAUUUUCAGACCCCGGCGCAGUUUUAGCGGCGAGGACGCGGCGGCACAUUCUACUAUGGCAGCGUCACCGUACCGACGCUUCUCCUCCUCUUUUGCGCUGAUGGAAGAGGAGCUAGGUAGCAGCACUACAAUGGUUGAGACCAUUGACGGCCGCGACAAUGAUGUUGCAGAAGAAGUAGGCUCAUUAGCAGAUGUUGGUCACCUUCGGAGCGAUCUACGCCGGGGUGUCACACCUGGUAAUCCGCUGGGUGUAAACAUCUAUGGUUUCUACCGUCACUUGCUGAUCAAUCCGCUCCCAACAUUGACGUGGCGGGUGCGGGUGGGACACUCCGGUGACCCACAUCAGCGCUGGGCCCUCGGUGUGCGGCGGGCCUUUACGCGGAACAGCAGCAGCAGCAGUAGUAGUAUUAGUAAUAGUGUUCAUGGUACCCCAGUUGGAACAAAUAGCAGCAACGGUCAGCAGCAGCAACAACCGUCUUUGUUGCUCGGUCGUAGUACUCUGACUAAGGGUGAACGACGGCAGCGCACGGCGCCCCCUGUGCCCUACUGGCUCCCGCAGAAAAGUGAUGUCAGUGUGGACUUAUCCUUUGAACUGCCGUCUAGCGUUUACCCUAGCAUGCUACUGCGGGAGAUCACGAAGAGUGACGUGAACAGUCCAGAAACCGUCGACCUUGAUCGACCGCUUCUCGACACACGGGCAAAGUCGUGGCAUGACCUUACUGCUGAUCAACAGGCAACAUACAGGCGUCACCUUGCGCAGAAGCGGCAGAAAAUGUUUACGUCGCGUCCACGCGCCAUGAACGUGGCACUGUUGCAUCAGCACAUCUUCCGCAAUGGUGGGAUGCGGCGUGGUCUUCUGCCGUCUAUGCGCGGCUACGAUAACGUUUCCAAAUAA